AUGGACUCCUGCACGAGUUCAAAAGCUCAGGACAAUAAAGGAAGUGUUCCGGUACUCGACCCCUCUUCUUCUUCUUCUUCUUCUUCUUCUUCUCCUUCUCCUUCUUCUUCUUCUUCUUCUUCUUUUUCCUCCUCCUUCUUCUUCUUCUUCUUCUUCUUCUUCUUCUUUUUCCUCUUCUUCUUCUUCUUCUUCACCAACCAUGUAGUUUGUGAAAGUAUAACCCGAAUGUCAGAAAAACAUCAAUGAGUAGUUUGUUUUGAACAUUAAUUACCACCAACUGCACCCAUUAUGUCUUUAUAUUUCCCCAAAGAACAUGGUUUUUCUUUUCCGUCUUUGUAUAGGCGAGACACUACAUCUCUUCUGCACUCAGGAGGCGUAAUUGCAAGGCAACUUCUGAGUUCUUUGAUGAAGAAGAUCUGUUCGAAAAGGUGAGAGACCGAUCUAUUUAGCAGAAAGCUUCGAAAUGCAUUGAUAGUUAUCGAAUUGCGAACAGGCAAACUCUUCUCACCUCGUUUUGAAUGCGUCUAGACGCCUGAGCUCAAUAGCCAAGGUGUCAAAUGAACAGGCUGAAGCUAACAAGCUCUCAUGAAGAAUUAUUAAUCAAGUACUUUUACUUGCCCUUGAUAACACAGAAUGAACUCCGUAGCAAAUUGGGUGAAGCGGAGGUACAGCCCAGGAAGGUGAAACAGGAUAAGAAGUCGUUCAAUAAGGUAAUGCUACGGUAAGUCCCAAUUUGCAGAAAAUAGUCUCCCUUCAUUGGUAGAACUCGGCAAACAGUUUUUUUUUCUGUCCGUGGAAGGGUCAAUCUUCCGUCAAUCAGGGAUUUUUCCGUGGCAUCUUCGUUAAAUUUUUCUCUCGUGUCGCUGAGCUUCUGGGUCCCAAGGGUAAAGAAGGGAGGGACUCUCAACUCCUGGAUAUGGGCGAAUUGCCCUUUAACAAUGAAUUUUAAAAUUGAAUAAGGCAAGCCGUUUUUAAAGGACUAAAAAAGACCGUGUUGGGCACAAAGAAGAUGUCGCAGAACACUAAUACUUCUACCGUCACGGAGUCAUAACAUGGGAGUGCAUACUGAUAACCUUGCUUAAUAAGCAUGCCAAAAAACGUUUUUAAUCGUUUUGGGGGUUAAAUUUCUGGGAUUUUCUGUCAUCUACUAUUUUCCUUGUUAAUUGCAUCCGAAAGUCUGUUUUUAUGACCCCAGUCUUGUCAUUUGCAAGGUUACUAUUUCCGCCUCCAAUGGACGACAGCUGAAGGCAUCCUGGAUGAUUUAAAAACUAGAUGGUCAUUCCCCGCCACGUUCGCCCACGCGGAGACUAAUAGCAGAAAAAGUGGAUAUGGCGAUUUUUUAAUACCGUUUAAGUGAACAGAAUGUCAGAGCCUGAUUCAGAGUCAUUUUUGCCGAGUGUAUUUGGAGAGACACGGUAACCUUAGGACAAGACUUACCCGAAAUUUUUAAACAAGAUCAAGAUGCCAAAGUUACUCCUCUUUUCUUCCCAUUCAAGUCUGUCUGACGAGACGGGCAAACUGGUUCUGACAAAGGUCUACAGCGGCAAGGUCUACCGGGACGGCAUCAACCCAAAUGAUGUGACCUUCGUGGAGGAUGCCAAAGUUCUCUUUGUGUACAUCGGCCCAGGCACCUCAGAAAACGAGAAGAUCAGUUGUUGGGAUCAGGCGGUGGUAAGAACGAAACAUUUCUGCCUGCCAUUAUUGCUUCAGUGGGUUAUUAUGCUGAAGAUAUGGACACAAGGAAAUCCAACUUUUUCCUUCUUACAUGCAUAUGUAUACUUUGUUCUGCAGUCGUGAGUUGUUGUCAGCUAAGAUCAGGCAGACUGGAGUGAACGGCUGUGACUCACUUGUCGCUGCUGGUUACCAGUCAGGACCGCACUCGUCGCCAGGCAGAUGCACGACCUGGGUUUGACUCGGAUGGUAGUCGAGCAAGCGUCCUCUAUCAUGGAAACAUGCUCAAGCUCUGUUUGCUGCCAGCUGUACUUGCCUACCUUGCCCUGAUUGCAGGACGGCAAAUAUGUGUUCCGAGGCCCCGAAAAACGGGCUCCUGUCGAUACUGACAGAAUAGGUCGGAAAAAUAACAGUCUCAGUCUGUAUGGCCUUCGCUGACAAUACGUAUAAGUGCUUGCUCGCAGUCCCUCAGGCGCCUAUAGGAGCAAGAUAAGGGCGAUCCAGGGCAGAUCAGGGUCCCUUUUCUUCCCUCAGCUCGUCACAUGAUGCUUACAAGCGACGUAAGGUUUGCAGAAUAAGUAUACAGGCGCCUGAAAUUGCCUAGGGAAAGGUCUACGAUUGAAAACAGUCUCGACAGAAGACGAAGAUGUGAUCACUGGAACAAGAAAUUUAUUGGCCUGACGUUUCGGAUUCUCACUCGAAUCCAUCAUCAGAGACAUUCGCAGAUAAAGGUGAUGGUGGCACAAGGAGUGCAGGAUUUAUAGCACGUGGCUGCCGUGGGCCCGUAGGCGCACUGUAAUUAACAGCUCUCGCACUCACCGCUGCGGUCGUAAUCGAUGCGAUUGUGGCCUGUCAGUCCGAGUCGUUAAUUGCCGUGAUUUCGUCAUCCGUGCUGGAUGCUGGUGACGAUUGCUCGGCAGAUUGACUCACUGUCACUGGGACUGAUUCCCCUGCCCAGGGAAAAUUUCAGUUCGGAAUAGUCUUUCAGUGAUCGCAUCUUCGUCUUCUGAACUGCCACCUGGAACUCGCCUGUUCGCUUCUAUCAACAGUCUCAACAGUUACAAAUUUCGAAAAAUUGUCUAUUUUGUAGAAAUAUCUGCAGACGGAGGCAAGGCCCAACAAGGCGAUUGCCGUCUUCUCUUCCGGGUCGUACCUGCCAGAAUUCAAUGAGAUCUGGGAUGACGUUCGGGCCUGCUAA